AUGUUGACCCAAAAACCCUCAUUCCGCUUCCUGGCCACUGGCGCCAUCACCUCCCUCUUUGUCCUCACAUUCCUCUUGUUCGCCCACCAAUCGCGGGACUCGGCUUCUCGCUACAUUCUCAAGACUCCUUGGCCGGCUCAGUCGAAACCAGAGUGCUCGACAUCUACCCCGCAGAAUGGAAGUGAUCUUUGGGAGUUCAAGGUCGAGCGGGACGGUCAGAAUCAUGGGCUUUCCGAUCAGCAGUGUCAAAGUGCUUUUCCAAAGUUGUUCGUGGAGAUAUCCAAGUCCGCCGGUUUGAAACGCGAGGCUCCUCUUUCAUACAAGGAUCUGGACUCACGGGAGGUUGAAGAUGGCAUGGUUCGCGCGAUUAUCGAUCGCGGCGAGCUCUACAUCGUCGACUUUGGCGCAAUGCCUGUAACAGCCUCCCGAGCCCGCGCAACCCUCAACUCCCUCCAACGCGCCCUCUCAGCCUUCCCCGAUAGACAACACCUCCCCAGCAUCGAGUUCAUAUUCACUACGGAAGACUUCGCUCCUAACCCUACAGCCCCGGGCCCAAUCUGGUCCUAUUCCAAGCGCGACGGCGAUGACUCCGUCUGGCUGAUGCCCGACUUUGGAUACUGGGCUUGGCCCGAAGUGCAAAUCGGCCCAUACCACGAAGUCCGUCGCCGCGUUACGGCCAUCGAUCAGGGGGAGGUCGCGGCUGAUGGAUCUCUUGUGCCCGGAAUGGCGUUCGAGGAUAAGAAGAAGCAGCUCGUUUGGAGGGGAAGUCUUGCUACGAACCCGGCUGUGCGGAGUAAAUUGCUCAAGGCGGCUGUUGGGAAGAGUUGGGCUAGUGUGCGAGUGAUUGAUUGGGAUGAUGAGAAUGACAUCCGUUUUAAUCUUCUUCCGAUUGAGGAUCAUUGUCGGUAUAUGUUCCUUGCUCAUACCGAAGGACGCAGUUUCUCUGGCAGAGGGAAGUAUCUCCUUAAUUGUCACUCGGUCGUUUUCUCGCACCGGCUUGUUUGGAAAGAGGCUCACCAUGCCGCGCUGGUGUCGUCGGGCCCCGAGGCGAAUUAUGUCGAGGUUGAUAUGGAGUUUAAGGAUUUGUCGCGCAAGAUCGAUUAUCUGAUUGAUAAUCCGCAGGUUGCGGAGCGCAUUGCUGAUAAUGCGGUGCGGACUUUCAGAGAUCGGUAUCUUACUCCGGCUGCGGAGUCGUGUUACUGGCGUCAAUUGAUUAGGCAGUAUGCUUCAGUGUCUGACUUUGAGCCUGUCCUUUUCUCGACGAACCGUGAUGGGAAGAAGAAGGCUAGGGGUGUGCCUUUUGAGACGUGGUUGCUUAUGCGGUGA